UGCAGACGCGAUGGACAAUGACAAUGCUAUUAAACUAUCUUGUAUAGUUCACGGUGAACCCAAUGCAAAGGUUUUCCCAGUGAAGAUCGACAAAAAUGAAACAAUUGGAACUCUCAAGAUAGAGAUUUGGAAAGCAAACCGGCGUGCUUUCCAUGACUACGAUGCGACCCAACUUGAUAUCUGGCGAGUGGAUAUUGACUAUACAUCGCAAAAUUCAAAGCGAACCACCUUCCAAAAUGAUAGUAAUGCCGAUAUUCAGAGCGCACUAGAAGGUGUCCGAGCUGACGAAAUGGAUGAUGUGGCCGAUGUCUUCGGCGAUGGUCCCCUUCCCAAGAAGCAUAUCCACGUCAUUGUGGUGCCGCCACCUGCGAACCGGCCGUCGCUUAUUUCUGAUCUGGUGCCUUUACAAAGUUUUAAUGUCAUUGUGGAUCCAAAAAGGAUAGCAUUUAACUGGCCAGUGGAUAUCACUACAGUCACUCUUCAAGAUCUCAGAGACAGUAUUGCCGCGAUUUAUCCUGAAAUUGAAGAUAUUGCAGUGGCUAUGCCUGUAAUUACUGUAGCUGCAUAUGGGAAGUGGACAGCUGUUGAAGUUUUACGCAAUCUCUUACAUUUGGAUUUUGAUACUCUCGACAACCUAGACAAACUAGACAUAGAAAACCUUUCAUCUAGCCUUUCUAGUGAGGCAAGGACAUUUUUGCUCAAUGAAGAUGAAACUGCAAAAAAAGCCUUCAUUGAAAACCUUAAAGAUAUUAGAGGUGUUUUUAAUGGCAAUGUCACCAAAAAUGAAGCUACAACAAGAAAUUUCAUCAAUCCCUUCAUCAUCAAAGCAGUUAGCAGACUUCAAACCAUUUAUCCAACUAUGUUUCUGGCAGUUGAGCAAGCCUUUAGUGGAAGUCGUGGAUUUGGAAAUCUGGAUUAUGCUGUUUUUUUUUCAACUUUCGCCAUUCUAGUUACAGAGGCUAAACAGCAUGCAAUUAUGGCAGGAUUAACACAGAAUCUUGUUCAAUUACAUACUGCUUCAGAGAAACUUAAGCGUAAGCGCGAUAACAGUCCUGUCCUGUCUGCAGUUUAUGGAAUUGUGGCAACUGGAAGGACAUGGAUAUUUGUUCGUUGGGAAGGCUCACCAGAAAAUCCCUCUGUGAAAAUUUCGGAGGAAUAUGUCUGUAGUUUCAAAAACGAGAUGAUAAAUGAGAUAAAUGUUCUCAAUAUCAUAAUUACCAUUCUGACACUCCAAGCUGCAGAACUGGUAUGUCAAACUAAUGAAGAUGAGAAGAAUAAAAAUGAAGAAGGUAGAGAAAGCCAGCACCGCUGCUUGAAUCCAGCAUCAGAGGGGGAUUAA